AUCGUUGUUAUUUCUCCUAUUUAUCUAUAGUGACAAAUUCUAUUAGAAAUAUUAUAUAAAUCUGAACCGGAUUCAAACAUCACUCUUUGUAAGAUAAUUGAAACUGUUUUUAACCCAAAGAUUAAAAAAUAAAUCUCUUAUUUGACACAUACUUUUGCGGAAAACUAUGACUAUUGAAAGAAAACACAAUAUAACAGUGGCAAAAACAAUAAGCACGAUGACAAAUGCACCUACAAUUGAUAACGCAAUUGGAAAUAAAAAGAAGAGCACAACUAUAAAGAUAGAAGAACUAAUGAAUAAAGAGGAUGAAAUUACUUUAGAAGAUCUGGCUCCAGAUGGCGGCUGGGGAUGGAUGAUUGCAUUGGCAAUGAUAUUAAUUUUUUUUACUACAAUGGGUCCAGGAUCGUCAUAUGGCAUAAUUUUUGGAGAUUUCCUCGAAGCUUCCGGACAAGCGGGCAUGGCAUCAAGUCUUUCCAAUUCCUUCUUUAUGAUUACCUUCUCCGUUGCAAGCUUGCUGACCAACACAUUGUUGAAAAGAUAUUCUACAAGACCGGUCGGACUUAUGGGAGCGCUCUUCUUCGCAACAUCAGAUAUCAUGUUGGCGUUUGUCAGAAAUAUAUACGAUUUGGCUUUUCUUUAUCUUUUACAAGGUUUUGGAUUGGGUCUAAUUAUUACGAUCUGCAAUACGGUUUUUAAUGCGUAUUUUGUGAAAAAAAGAACAAAAGUGAUGAGCGCAGCGCAAGUCAUCAUCGCGUUGGGUGGAAUCAUUUAUCCAACAUUAACCGAAAAGAUGAUGGCACUGUAUGGUUUUCGCGGUACCGCAGCGAUUAUGGGCGCGAUAAGUCUUAAUGGUAUCGUCGGCAUGACGUUGAUGCAUCCCGUAGAAUGGCACGCCAAAAAGAUGAAUGAUGUUCGCGCUGAAAAGGCGCGCGAAAAAGAACAAAGAUUUCAAAGAUUAGCACUGUCGAAUCGUCGUUCAACCAUUGAUGUUAUCCAUAUAUCUUCGAAGACUAAAUCGAGCAGUCUUCAUAGUCUUAAGGAAGAAAGCGGCACAGAAGUGCCCUUAUUAAUUGAAACGCUUAAGCCUUCGGCGCAGAGAGUAGCUUCAAUCUCUGAAAUUGAGGGUGGAAUUCGCGAAAGAGCGAAAUCAGUAUCUAUGCGAGAAAGUUUAGCGAAGCGUAUAUCGGCUCUAUCGGCAUCUAGCUUGGUGAAUUUGGCGACUAGCGUUGGUGCAUUAAGUGAUAUACGUCAACAAUAUCUGGAAAAGAGAAGCUGGGAGGAACAGACGAAUAAGGAAAUUCAGGAGGAGAAAGAGAACGCGAAACAAAACGCCGAGGAAAAACAAGAGGAGAAAAAGUACAAGACAAUUCUGAGAGAACUCUUGGAUAUGUCAUUGGUAAAGAAUUGCGGUUUCCUGAACUUAUGUUUUGGUGUCAGUUUUGUGUGCACCGCCGACUACGCUUUCUCCUCUUUUCUUCCUCUUAUAAUGGCCGAUGCUGGAUACACUAAACGCGACGCUGCUUUAACUAUUACGAUUAGUGGAAUAGCUGAGCUUGUAUCGAAAGUUUUAUUAGCAGUUUUUACAUUAAUAGUGGACGUAAAGGCGAAAUAUCUAUUCUUCGGCGCUAUGAUUGUCACGCAAUUCGCAAGAUUAGGUUUUUUAUUAUACGAGCAUACACUUAUGGGUGCGUUCAUUAUGACAGCGUUAAUCGGUAUUGCGCGUUCGUGGCUGCUGGUUUCGCAGCCUCUAGUCAUUAUUGAAGAUAUCAGCAUAGAAAAAUUUGCCUCGGCUUAUGGUAUCUUUGGAAUUAUUAGUGGCUUAGUUACGAUAGUCUUCGGCGCUAUUGUAGGACUUAUUAAGGAUUGGACUGAUAGCUUUGAUUUGUAUCAAGUCUCUCUACUAGUAUUAAAUGGUGCGUUUAUUAUACCUUGGGCUCUACAAUUCAUCUUCGUGGAUCUUAAAAAACGACAGAAGCAACAUAUAAGAAACUAAUUCUUACAAAACCUUUAUCCAUUGCUCAUAGGAAAGAAUAAAGACAUAUGUCAGGCGUUAUUAAAAAUUUUUCAAUUAAAUAAAUGUGAAUGAGAAGACACAACAAUAACUAAAUAAAUUACAA